GACACAACCUUAUUGAAAUUUCAAACCGAAACCUCGCAGUUUGUUUUCAAAAAUCUCAUCAAAGGUUUUUUGGCCAUAUGAGGAGUAAGAUGAUUCUUCCAGUCACCAACUUCACCUUUCCUAAAAAAUGCGUGAGAAUCUACACCAACUCUUAUUUCCCCAGUUUUAUUAACUUCUAAAUUGCUUAAAUUUCGGAAACCACACAGCUUUAAGAUCUCUUCCACCAAUCCACUUGGUGAAUGGACAAUUCAAGAACUCGGUGAGUCUCUUGACUUGAACUCGAGGCUCCUCAAUCAUCUCCUUUUUUUUCUCCAUCGUCUCCUUCGCUUCUCCUCAGAUUUCUCUUUCUCUCUCUCUACAUCCUCCUCUUCCGCCAUGGCUGCUGAAACAGUCGACUCAACCUCAUCUCUCCUCAACAUCAACAUGGUGAAUAUCACCAAACUAACAGCUACCAACUACAUGACUUGGAGUCUUCAAGUCCACUCACACCUAAAUGGUUACGAUCUCGCUGGCUUUUUUGAUGGAUCCUCUGUUCCACCCGAUCAUACCACCGUCGUCAAUGAGCAACCAACCCCGAAUCCAGCCUAUGCAAAGUGGCGACGCCAGGACAAGCUCAUUUACAGUGCCCUCCUUGGUACUCUCUCUUCCUCCAUUCACUCAGUCGUCUCCAAAACCACAUCUGCUGCCGAGAUGUGGAAGAAAAUCAAUGCUACCUAUGCCAGUCCGAGUUGGGGACACAUCCAACAACUCCGAAUCCAACUAAAACACUACACCAAAGGUGAUCAAUCGAUUGAUGUAUACUUACAAGGCCUCACCACCAGAUUUGAUCAACUCGCUCUGCUUGGCAAGCCUGUUGAACAUGAAGCUCAGAUCGAGUUUCUUCUUGAUGGUCUCCCUGACGAGUACAAGUCCGUCAUCGACCAAAUGGAGGGUCGUGACACGCCACCCACCAUCACAGAGGUUCAUGAGAAACUCCUGAACAAGGAGGCAAAAAUGCUAGCCAUGAACAAGUCCCUCACCAGUGUUGUCCCCAUCACAGCGAACGUUGCUGCAAUCCGCUCCCGCUCACAUCAAGACAAGUCCAAUCCUCGCCACCAAACACACUGGAACACCGGCAAAAGCCAACAUCACUCUCAGCCACAACGCUACGACAAUCGUCUCUCGAAAGGGUACCAGGGUCGCUGUCAACUGUGUGGUGUCUUCGGCCACAGUGCCAAACGUUGCACCUUUCUCCAGCAACACCAACAAGUCGUAACUAAUGGUCUGCUUCCAACUACAUUUCGUCCCUGGCAGCCUCGAGCAAACAUGGCUGUCAUGCCAUCCAACAACUCCACCCCAUGGUUGAUGGACAGUGGUGUUACACAUCAUAUGACCAGUGACUUUGCCAACUUGGCUGUGCAUCAACCAUAUCAAGUGGACUACGCGGUUCUUCUUGGUGAUGGUUCGGGAUCUCAGCUCGGGGGUCCCAUUGCUCCAAGGCAAGACCAAGGAUGAGCUGUAUGAGUGGUCUCUAUCCCCA